CUCAUGUCAUGAACCUCCUGCCUAAAAUAUCUAGUUCCAAAGAACCAAUAGAAGCUACAAAUCUACAACCUCCUUCCCCCCCACCAUUUGUUAUCUUUUGUGUGAGGAGAACAAAAUGCCUGCUGGUUGCCUGCCUUCUUUAUACACGCCAUUUGCUUCAAUGACAACCAGAAUCUUAACCCCAAAAACCUUCACUUCCUUCCCUCCGACGUCGUCUAGGAAAACAUGUAACUAUUCUUUGACAUGUAGGGCUACUUCAUCAUCAUCGUCAUCGUCUUCUUAUUCAUCAAUCACAGACUUUGAUCUCUAUGAUCUUCUAGGUAUAGAUAGCUCAAGCGAUCAUUCACAGAUAAAAACAGCUUACAGGACUUUGCAAAAAAGAUGUCACCCUGACAUAGCAGGGCCAGCAGGACAUGACAUGGCUAUUAUACUCAACGAAGCUUAUUCACUUUUGUCUGAUCCAAAUUCACGUUUGGCUUACGAUAAGGAACAGGCAAAGAUGGCAGAACUUCGUGGCUACUCUGGCAAACCAAUAUAUUCAGUAUGGUUUGGCUCAGAAAGUGAACAAAGAGCGGUUUUUGUCGAUGAAGUGAAGUGUGUUGGUUGCUUAAAAUGUGCCUUGAUUGCAGAGAAAACGUUUGCUAUCGAAUCACUUUACGGAAGAGCAAGAGUUGUUGCACAAUGGGCUGACCCUGAGCACAAAAUCCAAGCUGCAAUAGACGCAUGUCCUGUCGAUUGCAUCUCGACUGUGGAGAGGUCAGACUUGGCAGCACUAGAGUUCCUGAUGUCCAAGCAGCCUCGAGGCAGCGUACGAGUUGGUGGAGGCAAUACAGCCGGAGGGCGUGUCUCAAACAUUUUCAUAGAUGUGAAAAAAUUCCAAAACAGAUUUGUUGAUGCCAUGAACAAAGCCAACCCUCAGAACUCCAUGGAAUCUGACCUGCAAAGAGAAGCAAGAAUAUCAGCUUUCCAAGCAAUUAGAUCAAUCUCAAAUUGGCUUUACUGGCAAUCACCAAAAGGAAGAUCAGACUCACCAGAAUCCUGUCAAAAGCUGGCAAGGAUCGUCAGAAAAUCUCCUCAGCCAAAUAUCAACAAGAUUCGGGAGGCUGCUGCAGCAAGAAAGAAAGCAAGAGAGAACACAAGGCCCUUUCGUCAAACCCCAUCAAGUUCCUUAUAUUAUGAUGAGUAUUGGACUCCAUCAACUCAGUUUCUUCCCGCCUCAGUCAAUAGUUCUAGCUCUAGCGCCACCCCAGAGACUUCACAUGCUAAAGAACCAAAGAAGCUUGAGAAAGAUAAUAGGGGAGAAGAGAAAAGGCAAACAAAUCCCAUAAGAUGGGAAAUACCAAUGGUGCCUGCAAUAAUUGCAGCUGUUAUAAUACAUUUGCAAGUAGGAGAAGGGACGGUUGGUAGAUUGAAUGAGCAUGUCGGUGGUUCGUUUGCAUUGGAGAUUGUAAAUAGCUCUUGGUUACAAGUUACAUUAGCUGGGAUUACAUGGUAUUUGAUUGGUUUAUCAAUUAUAGGAGUAGUUGAAGCAAUUCGCAAGAGGUAGAAGUACCAAAGUAGAGUAAUACUUCGUACUUUGAAAUGGACUUGAUGUAAAAUUCAUUGCUAUGGAUCUGAUAUAUACGUAAAUAGACAAUUAAAAAGAGCAAUAUGUUCUUUGUA